UCAGCCACAAACUCAAAAUUGGUUACACAAAUGAGAUUUCUGGUCUUAUUUUAAAGUUAUACAUACAAUUAGGGUUACGGUUAUAUUCAAAAUCAGAUUUUAAGAAGAUAAAUUGUAGAAAUAGGCGAGUAAGGACUUUGUGGCUGUGCUAACUAGUGGUGACCAAGGGGGAGUGGGUGCGUACCUACGGUGGGUGUUCAUUCUGCUGUUUAUUCCUUUUCUGAGGACCCAUAUGCCUUUGCCUAUCCUUGAUUUGGAUACAACCGACAACCUGGUUGGAGCGUGUGCAUUUAGCCUCAAUUGCAAGAAAGGGUCGUUUUGUGGCUUGGCCAUAGAGAUGACCAGGCUGUGACGGGUGGGUUUUCUCUCUGUCUGUGGACCAACCCUGGCAUGGCUACUGCUAGGAAGAGCUCCGCAGCGAAGGCGGGAGGUGUUGGUUUCUCAGAAGAGCCAGCCACCGCUGCCACCGGCACUCCGUCCCAUGUCCACUUUGAUGAGAAGCUCCACGACUCUGUCGUCAUGGUGAUCCCUCAGCCUGACGGGAACUUUAUGGUCAAGGUUGGUUUCCUGAAGACCCAGCACAAGUAUGAGAUUGUCUUCACCCUCCCAGAGGUUCGAUCACUGGGGAAGGACGCGGCUCCAGCUCCAGUACCCAACCCCCAUAUCCGCAUCACCGAUAUCACUCCUGUACCAGAGGGUGGUCUGAGAGUGACAUGUGAGUACAUGGCCCACCAGGAGGGGGUGCUGUGUGAGGAGGUGAUGCUGGUCAGUGAGAGCCAGGAGGAUGUCUGCGUGGGGGUCAAGGUGCACGCCCGCGUCAUGGACCGUCACCAUGGUACACCCAUGUUGUUGGAAGGAGUGCGUUGUGUGGGAGUGGAGCUGGAGUACGACUCUGAACAGAGUGACUGGCAAGGAUUUGACUAAACCAGACAAUGUGACACACACACACACACACACACACACACACACACACACACAAGACCAUGCCACACGUAUUCAAAUACAACAUCCACUGUACUUCAAACGGUACCUGACCAUUUCAAGAUGUUAUGGUCUUAAAGGAGGAUUCAAUUAUGAAAUGGAAAGAAGUUAUUUUAAGUAGUAGUCUGGGUUUUUAAUUUUACAUUCAGGUCAUACUUGGCCGCUCAAACCUGAAUUGCAGCACACAACGCAUACAAGUAAACCAAAAAAAUCUUACCUUACUUGAAAGGUAAAAGAAACAAGCAUCAAUACUUUUUUUUUUAAAGCAAGUCAAAUGUGAUCUGAUCACUAUUGAGCUUCCCUCAACUAUACUGAACAAAAUAUAAACGUAACAUUUAACAAUUUCAGUUACAGUUCAUAUAAGGAAAUCAGUCAAUUGAAAUAAAUUCAUUCGGCCCUAAUCUAUGGAUUUCACAUGACUAGAAAUAAAGAUAUGCAUCUGUUGGUCACAGAUACCUUGUUUAAUCAGCUUCUUGAUAUGCCACACCUGUAGGUGGAUGGAUUAUUUUGGCAAAGGAGAAAAUGCUCACUAGGGAUGUAAACAAAUUUGUGCACAAAAUGUAAGCGAAAUAAGGUUUUUGUGCGUCUGGAAAAUUUCUGUGAUCUUUUAUUUCAGCUCAUGAACCAUGCGACCAAUUUUAUAUGUUGUGUUUUUGAUAUUUUUGUUCAGUAUAGUUAACAUAUCUGAAAUGCAUCUGUACGAAGUACUGUUAGUACUGCGAUGACAUGUUAUCCAACUGCCCAUGCCAUUCCACUGCCUGCCAUGCCCCCAUGUUGUUUAGAAUGUGUUUUCUGAGUAAACCUUUAGGGGGCAGCAAAGUUCAUGUAAUCAAUCCAGCCCAUUUCACCCAGCCUGACCUCAACUGUACCAAUAGGGGGUGACAAAGACCACUAAAAUGAUCCCUCUCAUCUGAAUCCAAAGGUGUGGAGGGAUUCAAAAUGACUUACUUUAAGUAAUGUUUUUUAAAUUAAAGAAUGAUACGCUAUUAAUCAGUCGCAAGUGCCUACGUUGCUGUACAGCUUUUACCAUCAACAACUGCCUUCUAUCUAUCUAUCUAUCUAUCUAUCUAUCUAUCUAUCUAUCUAUCUAUCUAUCUAUCUAUCUAUCUAUCUAUCUAUCAUCUCCCCUUCAGGAGUUAAAAGAGUAUGGACUUGGGGUUUCAAGUGUAUAUUCAGUGCAUUUAGAAAAUAUUAAAGAUAGCUGCCAUCGGUACCAUUGGUAGUAAAUCCACACUCAAAUGAGAUUGUCUUUAAUAUAUUUGAGGCAACAAGGGGGAAAAAAAUACUAAAAUUUUGGUUGAUUGCCCACCAUGAAUCUGCCAACAACUAGUAACUCUUACCCUUUAUCUACCCCCAAAGCCCUCACCAUCCUCUCUGAUCACUCAUACUCUCAUUGCAACCUAAUAUUUUAGUAGUAUAGCUAGUCACUGUUUACUGUCAAUAGCUAGUCAUUGUAAAUCUAAAUGUAUAUUCCGAUCAAAUAAGAAUGUCAAGUAUCUAGCAUAAAACAUAUCCGUAUUUCACAUAGCUAAACGGACAAAGCCCUGUUUUUUUUGGUGUUAACUGUGUUCGGCCUUAAUUGAGGAGAACCUGUAUAUCGUUUGUUUGUUUGUAUAAUAGGCUCUAAUGUCUUAAAGUUAUCCCUUGUUGUUAUUGUGUCCAUACUAAAUCCAUGCUCCAGGGUACGGGUCAAUUCCAUUUCGAUUCAGGAAGUACAUUUGAAAUUCCAGUUCUUUUCAUUUAGGAAAACGUGGAAUUGGAAUUCCGUUUACUUUCUGAGUUGACUGGAAUGGAAAUGUCCGGAACCCUGCCAUGCUUCAAAGGUUAGUGAGACAGAGUGUGGAUUCAGUUUGGAUACAAGGCGAUCUUGUCCUUUUGAGUAGAAAAGAGGGUGCACUAUUGUUCAUUCAGUCAGACUUAUCAAAAUAAUAUCCUCAGCCCACAUUGUGAUGGGCAUCAUAGCAGGUUUGGGGUCAAUUCCAUUUAAAUUCCAGUCAAUUCAGAAAGUAAACCAAAAUCCAAAUUGUCCUAAUUGAAAAGCAUUGAAGAGAAUUGAAAUUUCAGUGUACUUUCUGAAUUGACUGAAAUAAAAAUGGAGUUGACCCCAGCUCUGGUUGUUAGGUCAUUGUACUGAGGGGUUACUGUACUAGGGGGGUGUGGCAUUUUGUCAGUCGAUACACUAUACAAUACAUGUUCCCUCAUAGGUGUUUGCUACUAUGGUCUCUGUUCGUUUCUUAUGCCAUAAAACAAUGUUUAAGUGCUUAUCAAGAAAAACUUCCAGAAGGACUGAUUUGAGGUAGAAAGAAGUUGGCGCACUCAACAAAAAGCAGGGAUGUAUUUAUCUUAGCUCACUUUAAUCCACUGUAUGGGAUGUGAACAGGUGGAUGUCAAGCUGACAAAUCAAUGUCAGAUUUAAAUUUGAAAAAAUUGUUGAGUGCUCCAACUUCAUUGUACCUCAAAUUAGUCAUUUUGGAAGUUUAAGCGCUUCUCAUGAUUUUUGUUAUUGUUGUUGAGCACCCUCUCCUUUGUCUGCUGAAGUGUGAACGCCCACCUGGAUUAAUAAAGUUUGUAUUUAAUUGUG